AUGUUGUUUUCCAGUUAAUUCGUCUCUCUGAUCUUCGCCUUGGGUGUUGGAGGUCUAAUCUCUACGAUGUUCUACUAUAUAAUCAACAUGGUUAAGGAGUACGUUGCUCGCCGCAUGAUUUGCUCCGUUGUUAUUGAGAAUUUAGACCCAACUUAUCAAUGGCUGCUCCAGUUUUUAACUCAAAAAGGGUAUCUUGCAGAUCAGAUGUCGGAUUCAGUUGUAAGAAUAGUCAAAAAGAAGCGUGAAUGGUUCUAACCAAAGGCAUCAAAAGAAAAGCCAAAGAUCGAGUACUACCCUGCUCCAGGUCUUCAUUACUUCAAAUACAGAGGGAGAACUAUGUGGGCAGUUUAAGAGCAAGGAAAAAUUAAUCUAGUUGGAUGGGAAAAUAAGCCAUAGACUUCAGAAAAAAUUAUCAUUAUGUGCUAUGGAGGUUCAACAGAAAUUAUCCAAUAGCUUAUUGAUGAUGCAGUGGUCUUCUCUAUGGAUUUAGAUAAGGGACUAUUGGGUAUCUAUCAGACUUACGGAUGGCUUUCAAUGUGGGUAAAGGUCAUGACUAAAAAAGCAAGAACUCUUGACUCCGUAGUAUUAGACAGUGACAUUGCCUCAUAACUUGAAACCGAUAUCAGAGACUUCCAAAACAGUGGUGAAUGGUAUAUGAGCAAGGGAGUCCCCUAUAGAAGAGGCUACUUAUUAUUCGGACCGCCAGGUACUGGUAAAACAUCUUUCGUGCAGGCUAUUGCUGGAUAAUUGAAGUUGAAUCUUUGCUAUCUAAAUCUUUCCAGUGGUGAGGUAGAUGAUGAUUCUUUAAAUAGACUAUUAUCAGAGGCCCCAGAUAGAUCAAUCAUUUUACUUGAAGAUAUAGACGCUAUGUUCACAGAUAGAACCUCUAUGUCUACCAACAAGCUUUCAUUCUCUGGUUUCCUAAACGCACUAGAUGGUGUUAGAUCCCAAGAAGGUUAAAUCCUAUUUAUGACUACUAACCACAAGGAAAGACUUGAUCCAGCUUUGUUGAGGCCAGGCCGUGCUGAUGUUCAUGUGAAACUUAAUUAUGCCUCGGAUAUCUAAAUGAAAGGACUCUUCUGUAGAUUCUUCCCAGAAUCAGAGGACUUAGCCGUGCAAUUCGCAAAUUAACUCCCAGUUAGUAAGUUGUCAAUGGCAAAACUACAAGGUCACAUGCUCAGGUAUAGAGAAGAUGUUGAAAAAUGCGUUGCCAAUGCAAAAGAAUUAAUGUUGGAUGAAAAGGUCGUAACUAAAGAAAUGGUGAUUGAUGAUUGGCUACACAGACUCAACCUUCUCCGCCUUAAGCCAAACUUCGAGAAGCAGAAGAUUAGAAGAGUCUAGGACCUUAUUUACAUAAUUGAUCAGGGUCAAUUUGCUGAAUUUGAAAUUACUGAUAAACUCGUUGUGAGAAGACUUUGGAACAUGCUUAUUGGUGAGCAAGAGACUAAGGACAGUUUCAACUAUCUUUCAAAGCAUGGUAUCAGAGCCAUUGGCUAGAUAUUUAUUUCAAACCCAAGACAGCUGGACGAACUCGUUGACUACAUUCCAGAGGGUGUUUUAACUGGAUUCCAUCUUCGUGACAUCUUUGAUGCUCACAAGAAAACCUAGGAAAUCAAGGACAAGAUAUAUGACACUAUCAUAUUCAACAAGAGAUUCCCCAAAACUCUCGAAAUCUCGAAGGCUAUUCAUAAGGGGCCAGUUGAAGAUGAAAAGAAGAAGUCUAAGAUUGACUUUGAUUUGACUAAGUUCUUCACUGAUCUUGGUGCUACAGACUGUAUCAACAAGCUACAGAAGCAAGACUUGAAUGACCCCGAGCUAUUCUUCAAGGUUGAAUAUGGAACAAUCGAAAGCACUCUUGAUCUUAAGCCACAAGGCAAGAAACUGAGAAUUAUGAAAAAGAUCAAGGAGCUUAGAGACAAGUAUGAGAAGGAGGGCUACAUUGAGUAUCUUGAUCAAGGACUACUAGAAGGAUCUGAACUUCCUUCAUUGAAGUUCGUAAAGAGCACAACCAUGAAAAGAGAUACUGGCAAAAAAGAUAAGGACCUAAAUUCAUUCUACUCAGAGAAUUGA